AUGAACGUUUUUUCAAAUUUAUUCGCGUAUGUCAGCCAUUUUGUGAUCAUGUUGAAGAGGAGAACAUCGAAGCGGUUUGUGCUUGGUGAAAAUAAUGAGCCCCAGUCGUUCGACGAUGAUGGGAUCACGGAAGUCAUUCCGAACUUGACCCAGAAGUUCCAGAUGACGUUAAGCACUGACCCUGAGGAAGGCCCCCCAAGGCGUGAUGAGGAACAGCAGAAGCAACAGGAUUUUAGACUUCUAAGAACACCCAAUUCUGGGACUUUGCAGCCGUCUAUGUCCCAGGGUACGGUGAUCCACAGCCAGCGCUUCCAGGAGAAAGACUUCACGGUAGCCACCCCCGAGGAGUUUGUCAGGAGGUUCCAGGGGACUAAACCGAUCAAUAAAGUCUUAAUCGCGAAUAACGGUAUCGGAGCUGUAAAAUGUAUGCGUUCAGUACGAAGAUGGUCGUACGAGAUGUUCAAGAACGAACGCGCCGUACGAUUCGUCGUUAUGGUGACCCCCGAGGAUCUGAAGGCCAACGCGGAGUAUAUAAAGAUGGCGGACCACUACGUGCCCGUGCCCGGAGGAUCCAACAACAAUAAUUAUGCCAACGUCGAACUUAUAGUAGAUAUCGCAAUACGGACCCAAGUUCAGGCUGUAUGGGCAGGUUGGGGUCAUGCCUCAGAGAACCCCAAGCUCCCCGAACUGCUCCACCGCGCUGGGGUCGUGUUCAUUGGGCCCCCGGAGAAGGCCAUGUGGGCUCUCGGAGACAAGAUCGCCUCCUCCAUAGUAGCGCAAACUGCUGAAAUACCCACUCUACCCUGGAGUGGUAGCGAGCUAAAGGCUGAAUACAACAGUAAGAAAAUCAAGAUAUCUUCUGAACUCUUCGCCAGAGGAUGUGUGACCACUCCGGAAGAAGGAUUGCAAGCUGCACAGAAGAUCGGGUUCCCCGUGAUGAUCAAGGCCUCGGAAGGUGGUGGUGGCAAGGGUAUCAGGAAGGUGGAGAAUCCUGAUGACUUCAACAGCGCUUUUAGACAGGUACAAGCAGAAGUGCCCGGUUCCCCAAUAUUCGUGAUGAAGCUCGCAAAGUCAGCUCGCCAUUUGGAAGUACAACUGUUGGCUGAUCAGUACGGCAACGCGAUCUCGCUCUUUGGUCGUGAUUGUUCCAUCCAGCGUCGUCAUCAGAAGAUUAUUGAGGAAGCUCCCGCCGCCAUCGCCAAACCUGACGUCUUUAUUGAGAUGGAGAAGGCCGCGGUCCGUCUAGCCAAGAUGGUAGGCUACGUAUCAGCUGGUACAGUAGAAUAUCUAUACGAACCAGCUACAGGCGCUUACUACUUCCUGGAACUGAACCCGCGACUCCAAGUGGAACAUCCUUGCACGGAGAUGGUGGCUGACGUCAAUUUACCCGCUGCCCAACUUCAGAUCGCCAUGGGUCUUCCUCUAUACCACAUAAAGGACAUCCGCCUCCUAUACGGCGAGUCCCCAUGGGGUCUGUCGCAGAUAGAGUUCGACGAGCCGAAGCAGAGACCUUCACCAUGGGGUCAUGUCAUCGCCGCUAGGAUCACGUCCGAAAACCCUGAUGAAGGAUUCAAGCCCUCAUCAGGUACGGUCCAGGAGUUAAACUUCAGGUCUUCGAAGAAUGUAUGGGGAUACUUCAGCGUGGCCGCUUCAGGAGGUCUGCACGAGUUCGCAGACUCACAGUUUGGACACUGCUUCUCUUGGGGCGAGACUAGGGAGCAGGCUAGAGAGAACCUAGUAAUAGCUCUAAAAGAGUUAAGCAUUCGUGGUGACUUCCGUACGACGGUGGAAUACCUGAUCACACUCCUGGAGACUGGCGCCUUCCAGAACAAUGACAUCGAUACUGCCUGGUUGGACGCGCUCAUUGCUGAAAGGAUGCAAUCAGAGAAGCCUGAUAUAAUGCUGGGCGUCAUCUGCGGCUCCAUCCUCAUAGCAGACGCAUAUAUCACUGCCAACUUCCAGGAGUUCAAGAGUGCGUUAGAGAAGGGUCAAAUCCAGGGUUCCAGUGCCCUCUCCAAUUGCGUGGAGGUCGAACUCAUCCACUCUGGCUCCAAAUAUAAGGUGUCUGCCACCAAGUCUGGUCCGACAUCUUACUUCCUUGCGAUGAACGGCAGCUUCAAGGAGAUGGAAGUCCAUAAACUUACUGAUGGCGGUAUGCUUCUCUCAAUCGACGGUGCCUCCUUCACGACCUACCUUCGUGAUGAAGUGGACAAAUACAGGAUCGUGAUCGGCAAUCAGACCGUGGUAUUUGACAAGGAAAAGGAUCCGUCCAAGCUGAGGGCGCCAUCUGCCGGCAAACUGAUCAAUACGCUGGUGGAAGAUGGAGGACAUGUCGAUAAGGGACAACCUUAUGCUGAAAUUGAGGUAAUGAAAAUGGUGAUGACCCUGGCUGCUCCGGAGUCAGGUAAAGUGACCUGGAUCUUACGGUCAGGGGCUGUUCUGGAUAUGGGAGCUAUGAUUGGAACACUGGAACUGGACGACCCCUCCCUAGUGACGACAGCGACCCCCUACAAGGGGCAGUUUCCCAUCGAAGACAACAACCAACUGUCGGAGAAACUCAACCACGCACACAAUAAAUAUAAGGCAGUACUGGAAAAUACAUUACAAGGCUACUGUCUCCCGGAGCCCUACAACACUCCUCGGCUCCGUGAAGUCGUUGAGAAGUUCAUGCAGAGCCUGCGAGACCCUUCACUGCCACUACUGGAGUUGCAGGAGGUACUAUCGUCCACGUCUGGCCGCAUCCCCAUAGCUGUCGAGAAGAAGGUCCGCAAGUUGAUGGCUCUGUACGAGAGGAACAUCACCAGUGUCCUCGCACAGUUCCCCAGCCAACAGAUCGCCAGCGUUAUCGACCACCACGCCGCCUCGCUCGCUAAGAGGGCCGACAGAGAUGUGUUCUUCAUGAGCACACAGGCGCUCGUCGUACUAGUGCAGAGAUACAGGAAUGGUAUCCGCGGCAGAAUGAAGGCGGCAGUACACGAUCUACUGAAACAAUACUAUCAAGUUGAGAGCAAUUUCCAACUAGGAUCCUACGAUAAAUGCGUGGCCGCUCUCCGCGAGCGACACAAGGACGACAUGCAAGCUGUGUCCAACAUUAUAUUCUCACACAAUCAGGUCGCCAAGAAGAAUAUGUUGGUAACCCUCCUAAUAGACCACCUAUGGUCCAACGAGCCCGGUCUGACAGACGAGCUAGCGACGACUCUCAACGAACUGACGUCACUGCACCGUGCCGAGCAUAGCCGGGUCGCGCUGAGGGCUAGACAGGUCCUGAUAGCAGCUCACCAACCAGCGUACGAGCUCCGUCACAACCAGAUGGAGUCCAUCUUCCUCUCCGCAGUGGACAUGUAUGGACAUGACUUCCACCCGGAGAACCUGCAGAAACUCAUCCUGUCCGAGACGUCCAUAUUUGAUAUACUCCACGACUUUUUCUACCAUACGAAUGCUGCGGUAUGCAACGCCGCCCUAGAAGUAUACGUGCGCCGAGCGUACACAUCGUACGACAUCACCUGUCUCCAACACCUCGCUCUGUCAGGAGAGCUCGGAGUAGUCCACUUCCAGUUCAUAUUGCCUACUGGACAUCCUAACAGAAUCCCAAUCAGCCAAUCUGAAAUCGAGCUGGCUUCAGCACAAGACCAGGAAGGUAUACCAGCAGAGCUCUGUACAGCAGCGAUGAGGAAGUGUCACCACCGCACCGGAGCCCUCGCGGCCUUCGAGUCUUUCGACCAGUUCGUCCAGUACUCGGACGAGCUGCUCGACCUGGUCCAUGACUUCGCCAGCUCCGCCACUGUUAGGAGAGAGGAUCUGGCCGCGUUACAGGAAGGUAGUGAGAGUAGAGAUAGUACCAGCAUCAACGUCGGCCUGGAUUACAAGCCCAAUGAUCCUGAUAAUGAGGCCCCUCUGGAACCGAUCCACAUACUAAUGAUAGGAGUCCGUGACUCCGGCGAGAACGAUGACAGCGCGGUCUCCAGGAGAUUCGGCAACUUCUGCAGGGCUCAUAGACAUGAACUGCACCAAAAGAGGAUCAGGAGGAUCACUUUCAUGCUGCUAAUCAAGCGCCAAUUCCCUAAAUUCUUCACGUUCCGAGCUCGCAACGACUUCACGGAAGACACGAUCUACCGCCACCUGGAACCUGCAUCCGCCUUCCAGCUGGAACUGUAUCGUAUGAGGAGCUAUGAGCUAGAGGCACUGCCUACCAGCAACCAGAAGAUGCAUCUGUAUUUGGGUAAAGCUAAGGUAAAGAAGGGCCAGGAGGUGACAGACUUCAGAUUCUUCAUCCGCUCUAUCAUCAGACACCAGGACCUCAUCACUAAGGAGGCUAGCUUCGAAUAUCUACAGAAUGAAGGAGAAAGGGUACUCCUAGAAGCGAUGGAUGAGCUGGAGGUGGCUUUCUCCCACCCUCUGGCCAAGCGGACGGACUGUAAUCACAUCUUCCUCAACUUUGGACCCACUGUCAUCAUGGAUCCCGCUAAGAUCGAAGAAUCCGUGCUGGGUAUGGUGAUGAGAUAUGGUCCACGGCUCUGGAAGCUGAGAGUGUUGCAGGCUGAGAUCAGAUUCACGCUGCGUAUUGGUCCGGGUGCGCCAACAAAGAACGUCCGUCUCUGCCUGUCCAACGGUUCAGGAUACUCGCUCGACAUCUACACCUACGAGGAGGUGUCAGACCCUAAGAUUGGAGUGAUAAUGUUCCAAUCGUUCGGUCCCCGCCAAGGCCCGAUGCACGGCCUGCCGAUCUCCACGCCGUACGUCACCAAAGACUAUCUGCAGCAGAAGAGGUUCUUGGCAACGUCACAAGGCACGACAUACGUGUACGACAUCCCCGACAUGUUCCGGCAGAUGAUAGAGCGGAGGUGGAGGGAGUGUAUUGAGGAAGGCAGCGUCGAUGGCCCGCCCCCAGACAACGUGAUGAACUCAGUAGAGUUGGUGAUUGAACCGGACGGGGAGAGACGGGUGGUGGAAGUCACCAGGCUGCCCGGACAGAAUAAUGUCGGUAUGGUAGCGUGGCGUUUAACCCUAUACACGCCGGAAUGCCCUGACGGCAGAGAUAUCAUCCUCAUUGCGAACGACCUGACUUACUAUAUGGGGUCGUUUGGACCCCAAGAAGACUGGGUGUAUUACAAGGCAUCAGCGUAUGCUAGAGAAUUGAAAAUACCCAGGGUAUACGUAAGCGUGAACUCAGGUGCCCGUAUAGGAGUCGCCGAAGAAGUCAAAUCUGAGUUCAACGUGGCCUGGAUAGACUCGGAACGUCCAGAUAGGGGUUUCAAAUACCUCUACUUGACACCAGAGUCGUACUCCAAGCUGGGUCCCCUGGGGUCUGUGAAGACGACCCUCAUUGAGGAUGAAGGAGAGUCCAGAUAUAAGAUCACUGAUAUUAUUGGCAAAGAAGACGGUCUAGGUGUGGAAUGUCUCCGCGACGCCGGUCUGAUAGCCGGGGAAACUGCGCAGGCGUAUGAGGAUAUAGUCACUAUAUCUAUUGUCACGUGUCGAGCCAUUGGCAUCGGGUCUUAUGUCGUACGACUGGGCCACCGAGUAAUCCAAGUGGAAUCAUCAUACAUCAUUCUCACCGGCUACGUGGCUUUGAACAAGGUGCUGGGCAGGCCAGUCUACGCUAGCAACAACCAGCUGGGAGGCCAGCAGGUCAUGCACCAUAACGGAGUCUCGCAUGCAGUAGCCCCCACUGACCUGGAAGCUGUUAGAACUGCGCUGAGAUGGCUGUCGUUUGUGCCUAAGGACAAAAUGAGUCUAGUCCCCAUAAUGCGUCCGGCGGACCCCAUCGACCGGCCCGUGGAGUGGGUCCCGCCCCGCGCCGCGCACGACCCGCGCCUCAUGCUGGCGGGCGACGCGGCCCGCGCUGGGUUCUUCGAUGCAGGCUCCUGGGACGAGGUCAUGCAGCCUUGGGCGCAGACUGUCAUCACUGGUCGCGCCCGUCUCGGCGGUAUCCCAGUAGGAGUGGUGGCGGUGGAGACGAGGACAGUGGAACUGACCCUCCCUGCUGACCCCGCCAACCUGGACUCUGAGGCUAAGACGCUGCAACAGGCUGGACAGGUUUGGUUCCCGGACUCUGCGUAUAAGACGGCGCAGGCUAUCAACGACUUCUCCCGCGAGGGCCUACCUAUUAUGAUCUUCGCUAACUGGAGAGGUUUCAGCGGGGGACAGAAAGACAUGUACGAACAGAUCUUAAAGUUCGGCGCCGAGAUAGUCCGCGCGCUGCGCGGCGCGACGGCGCCGGUGCUGGUGUACAUCCCGCCCGGCGCCGAGCUGCGCGGCGGGGCCUGGGCCGUCGUCGACCCCUCCGUCAACAACCUGCGCAUGGAGAUGUACGCCGACCCAGAGGCUAGAGGAGGUGUCCUGGAAGCGGAAGCUAUAGUUGAAGUGAAGUUCAAGCAGCGAGAUAUAUUGAAGACCAUGCACCGACUCGACCCGGAGCUGCAGAGAGUCGGGGCUAGGAUCUCAGAGCUGAAAGAACAAAUCAAGGAGAUAUCAAAGGGCUUGGACCGCAGAGGAUCCGUCGACGAGAGCCUCAUCAGGACUGACGCUGGACGCGCUGCGGAGACUCGCGUCCGUGAACUAGAAACGGAACUACUAGCCGCUGAGAAAACUGCGAAGGCGCGUGAAAAGGAACUCAGUCCCAUUUACCACCAGAUCGCGGUACAAUUCGCCGAACUACACGACACAGCCGAAAGAAUGUUGGAGAAAGGAUGCAUAUUUGACAUAAUCCCGUGGCGGGAGUCUCGGCGCCUGCUGUACUGGCGCCUGAAGCGGCUGCUGCGGCAGAACGAGCAGGAGCGGCGCGUGCAGCACGCCGUGCGGCCCGCGGACUGCAUGCAGCAGGGGCCCGCCGCCGCCACGCUGCGCCGCUGGUUCACGGAGGACCGCGGGGAGACGCAGUCCCACCAAUGGGAGCACGACAACGAAGCUGUCUGCAAAUGGCUGGAGGCCCAGGCCGGGGACGACAACUCCGUCCUGGAGCGGAACCUUCGAGCCAUCCACCAGGACGCACUCAUGCAGGCUGUUAAUAAUCUUGUAUUGAAACUAACGCCGUCCCAGCGCGGCGAAUUCAUAAGGAAACUGUCCGCUCUAGAGAUGGAACACUAA